AUGAGUAACAUAUUCCGCUUCAAGUUCUUUACCAUCGGAUCCAAGAACUAUCGACGUCGAUCAUCUCAGGAGGAGGUAGACGCCUUACGCGGGAGGGCAUUUAACGAUCUUCAAAGGUACCAGGCUGAGUUAAGGGGAAAUUGGGCGCUGAAGCCAGGGGACUCGAUUGUGCGGAAUUUCCAUGUGCUAGAUGAACGGCAUUGCGUCAUUGAACAGGAGAUCGUGGUCUCCGUAUUUGAUGUUGGAAAAACGUGGAUGGCCAUCGCCUGUACAGAUGCGGGACACGACCUCUCUCAGGGGCCAAGAAUCCCCUGGCUCGAGGGUGGUGCUGAAUCAUUACCAAUCACACUUCUCCCAAUCGUUCAAUAUAGACCGAGGUGCGCGUUGAAGUCCCGCAGUAUAAACGAGAGUAAUGAGCCGAAGAAAGGAAAGAAUACGCAAAGUCUCGCCAUCUUUCCGGAAGGUUACGGGCGUGGUCUAGAUUGGUCGCUUGCAAAAUCAGAUCGGUUUCAUAUAUUGGCGGACGUGUUCAGACUAUCUGCCUUCUCUCAGAAGCAGCUCCUAAAUGUCAUGAAAGAGAAAAUAAGGUCCGAAACAAACCGCCUAUCGCUCAGUAAUGAGAACCCAACAUUGGUCAACCUGCUAUACUUUCGGGAUAUCCUACAAGAUCAGCUAAGCAACACUUCGUAUAUGCUUCAGUUGACAAACGACAAGAACAAUAUCCUCCAAAAUGGUCGACCCAGCAUAGCCGAUGACGCCAUGGCUGAAGUGUACAGUCUAUUCCAAGAUCUGCACUUGCAAGCACAAUCACUUCAUGAGAAAUGCACCCAAGGAAUGACAGUCAUCAGUAAUAAUAGCAUGUUGGCAGAGUCACAACGCGCCAUCCAACAGGCGAAGUUGGUUACGAAGCUUACAAUCGUCGCCUUUGUGUACCUCCCGUUCACGUUUACGGCUGGUUUCUUUGGUAUGAACUUCAAGGAGCUGGGAAGUGAUAUGCCCUUAUGGACAUUUUUCGCUGCCUCGGCGCCUCUGAUGUUUAUCACUAUGGCGGUAUUUGCAUUGGAUAUGCAAACAAUCAAGAGAGUCUUACGAGGAUUUCAUGCAUGGGACAAAACAUAUUUGGUUUAA